CAGCAACGGUCCCGUCGCCAAGAAUCCAUUAUAAAUAGACACUCUAGUGCAAUUCUAACAUCACAAAUCACAACUCUCCGCUAGCCAUGGCAUCUCUUCCUCUUCCCCUACCCACCGCCACUCCCUCCUCCCAAUCCCGUCCCGUCUUUGCUAGGCCUUCGUAUUUCAUCAGCCAUGCAAAGCGUAGCAACCGCCUAAGAGUUUCCUGUGCCGAUGCCCAGAAGAAGAAAGAAGCCUCCCGAGACGUCGAAACUCCCAUAGGGAAGGUCGACAGGAGGAACAUGCUUCUUGGUUUGGGCGGCGGCCUCUACAGCGCAGCCAAUCUCAUCCCCACUCCUGGUGCAUCGGCUAAUCCAAUCAAAGCACCGGAACUGGACAAAUGCGGUGUUGCUACCAACUUGAACACAGGGGAGAAGCUAGAUAUGAAUUGCUGCCCCCCUACUUCAGAAAACAUCGCUGAUUACCAACUUCCACCUGUUGUUCAGAUGAAAGUCAGACCGUCGGCUCAUAGAGUUUCUCCUGAGUAUAUUUUCAAGUACAACAUGGCUAUUGACCGCAUGAAGCGCCUACCGAAAGAUGAUCCACGUAAUUUCAUGCAGCAAGCCAAUAUUCAUUGCGCUUACUGCAAUGGUGCUUAUGACCAGCCCGGGCAAGGCACUUUGGACCUACAAGUCCAUAAUUCUUGGCUUUUCUUCCCCUUCCACAGGUGGUACUUGUACUUCUACGAAAGAAUUAUGGGGAAAUUGAUCGGUGAUCCAACUUUUGCCUUGCCGUUUUGGAAUUGGGACAAUCCAAAGGGUAUGACCAUCCCGCCCAUGUUUCUUGAUCCCAAAUCUGCACUAUACGACUCAAAGCGAAACCAGGACAAUCUGAAGGCUGUUUUGGACCUGGGCAUGACAGGCAACAAAGAUCCUCUUCAGGUGGUGUCCAACAAUCUCACCAUAAUGCAUACCGAGAUGGUACGUGGAAAUGCCAGCGUCUAUGACUUCAUGGGAAAGCCUUAUCGUGAAGGAGACAAGGUGAACCCAGGGCCGGGAUCCGCCGAGCGUGGUUCCCACACCGCUGUACAUGUUUUUGUUGGAGACCCGAGAGAGCCUAGCGGAGAGGAUCUAGGCAACUUCUAUUCGGCGGGUAGGGACCCGUUGUUCUAUUGUCAUCAUGCUAAUGUGGACCGAAUGUGGACAUUGUGGAAAUACUUCUUGCCCAGCAACAAAGUGCCCGAAAGGACAAUCACGGACCCUGAUUUCCUCAAUACCUCGUUCUUGUUCUACGAUGAGAAUGCGCAGCUUGUCCGGGUGACAGUGAAGGAUUGCGUGGAUAACCUGAGAAUGGGAUACGAUUUCGAGAGAAUUGAUCUCCCAUGGCUCGACUACAGACCGCCUCCCCAAACUGCUGGCGCCAAGGUCAAGAGAACCCGCAAGAGCGCAGAAAAUGCCGAGACGGUUUUCCCUCUUAAACUGGACAAAAUCGUCAGGGUCCUAGUUCCGAAGACGAGGAAAGGAGUAGCCGACGAGGUGUUGGUGAUUGAAGAUAUAACUGUCGACACAACGAAGUUCCUUAAGUUUGAUGUUUUCGUGAACGACGAAGAUGAUAAUGUGGAGGAGCUGGACAAGGCUGCAUACGCCGGGACAUACGCUCAGGUACCGCACAAGACAAACAACAAAACGGCGACAACUUCGAUCAGGCUGAAGCUGAAAGAACUGUACGAGGACAUGGACGUGGCGGACGAUGACACUGUACUGGUGACCCUGGUGCCGAGACAUGAGGGUGACGGUGUCAUCAUUGGUGGGAUUAAGAUCAUUGAGAAUACCACACCUGCUAAACCAGCAAACUCUUCAGGCUAAAGCAUUCGUCGAUUUCUCGAAAUGGUUCUCGUCAUAUUUUGACCCAUUUCCUUGCUUGGAAUAAUUCUUUUUUUUCCCCGUGAUCCCCUAGUGGAAAUUAUUUCGGAUAUGGUUGUGAUUUCUACUUAUGUUGUUGAUCAGCACUUCAUCACUUCUGCUAUGCUUAAUUUGUCUCCUUUUAUCUGUUGCAAUUUUAUUUAUAAUUUAA